AUGAAGCCACACUGUUUGUCUAUUCUCAUCGCUGUUCAAGCAACUGCAGCUGCAGAACGGUUUUGGACUGGGAGGGGACUUGACAUGGGACCGUUCGGGAACGACCGGUCCUUUAACAACAAUCAGUCAGAUGAGAUCUACCGGGAAGCCAUUACCAACCCGAAAGCUAUGCGAUCCGUCAAGUUCGUCCCAUUCUCAGGUCUCAUAAGCCCCAAGGUCUACGGAAAAGACCCGUACUGGACUUGGAGAGUUAACGUGACGGAGUUCGCCUUUCCCUCGGGAAUCAACGUUACUGAUGCGGUAACUGGGGCCGAGCAACCCGUCGAAAACCCUUCCUACGUCAGCACAACCUGGGACUUUGCGUGGUCCAGUGGUGGCAAUAUCCCGCAGGCCUUGGGCAACUCAACAGGACCACUUUGCGUGUCCAUAUUGGACAUCGUCGCAUACCCAGCAAACGUCACCAACCUUUACACGGAUGAAAAUGCCAAUAACACUGACUGCACGCCAAUAUUAGGAGAAGCAUGCGUGCGGGCAAUUCUCAGAGAAGGCAGCAACUUCAGCAGAGGAAUAAGAUGCAACUCGCCAAGGACGUCGUGGGGUACGCUUCCCGAGUGCAACAAUACCCUCGGCUAUACCGUGAGAGAACGCCUAGAUGAUAAGUUGUUCAACCGCACCUUUGGCGGCGGUGUCGCAACAGCAAACCUCAACCCGGAUCCUUUCAAUUCGCCAAAUGCCAAUUCGCAUUCAUGGGAGUUCAUAGCGGAGUGA